AUGUCUUCAACACAACCCGUUACCGUUCUUGAAUCACUUCCCGACGAAGUUUUACUUGUUAUUCUAUCAUACUUGCACGCUAUCGAUCGAUUACGAACAUUCAAAAAGCUAAAUUCACGUUUUGAUCGAUGUCUUAGAGAAGUAGGUGUUGGCAUUGACGAUGAGCUAGCUUCAGAUGAACCGCUUGUUCGUAAAUUUGCUUUACGCACUAUUUUCAUACGCUGCAAUGAACGUAAUGAAGAGUUAGACCUCAGUCAAUUUCCAGCUCUUCGUUCACUAACACUCGCUGAUGGUGUAUGGCCACAAGUAGUUACAAUUAAUCCAGAAGAGAUGCCGGUUAUACAGCAUAUAAGUCUGCGAUCUAAAAGUGUUUUUAAUAUAGAGGAAGCACAUACAGAAUUGUUCGAAGAUGUUUUAUCAAACAAAUAUCCGUGGCUUAUUUCAAUCCAUUUAUCUCAUGGCAUAUUUCAUUUAAAUCGGGAAUUAUUGGAUGCAUUCAAUCCAUGUGAUCGUAUUCAUUCGGCAACUAUCGGUUUUUGUCAUGUCACUUUAUUUGAAUUGCUGCUUUGCUAUUUACCUAAUGUUUCAAUGUUAGACGUUCGUGUCGAUGACUGGCAUUUAGCAAAUCGAAUUAGAAACGUUAAAGCCAUGCCCGAUCAUUGGCAACAGACUUCAUUGUGCUUUUUAACACUUCAUCUUGAUCAUCCGUUCAAAAAACGACAUUUUGAAUGGCUUGUAAAUCGAUUACCCGUACUGAUACAUCUCGAUGUAGAUAGUCGACAUGAUGAAAAUAAUCCUCACCGUUUAUGGACAUACAAUACGGAACUGAUGGAGACAUUCAGCGAAGUUACACGAACUCAGAACGCGAAUGAUUAA